AUGAAGGCUAUGCAUAGAGAAACUCGUCCGACUGCUCCACUCUCACCAUCAGGACGAAUUCGUAAGUCAUCAGCUGAACGAAAGGAAAAACUCAAGGUCGAGUCAACAUUACGUCGCCUUGUCGGCUCGGACGAGGAUAGUUCUCAACUGGAACUUGUUCUGUCCACAAUUAGAUACAUACGAGAGCUGCAGUCUCAGCUAGAGAACAACAAAGAGAACGAACUUCCCGACGGACUGCAGGAUCUGUUGGCUCAGUGCUCCGUCAGCAAGCCUGAAGCCGCAUAG